CACUCCACUCUCAACUUGCCACAUUUCAAGCCUCCUUUUCUCUGUCCGAUUCUCCUUUACUUCGAACUCGUCCACAACCACCCGAAAAUCUCAACUGGUUCUGAUUCAUAUCUUGGAUUCUCGCUUGCUCACUUUCGCUCUCUGUUUUUCUGUUGUAUAUUAAUAGAUUUAGAUUUCUUUUUCUUCUCCUCAAAGAAACCAAGAGAAAUAAAAAUGGUUUCCCGCUUUUUCUUUCCGGAUUCUUCAGAAUCCAUCUCUUUUCUCAACUGGGUCGUGCUUUGUCCACCUUUUUCCACCGUAUUGUUCUCGGGUUCGUCGAAUUUCUCUCUCUUUUCUUGAUCUUCUAGACCUUCUUUCGCUCUGUCGGCUAAGGGUGGCAAUCUGAAUAGCAUAAAACUUCUCUGCUUCAAAAUCAAAACUCCAAAUUCCAUCUGGGUUUGGGCUCUCUCUCUCUCUCUCUAGGGGUUUAUACCAAAGCAACACAAUCAGAAUUCUCUUGUUUCUCCAUGAUUCCCUUCGAUUCUUAAAAGGUGGGUCUUUUUAAGAUUCUUUAAUUGAUGCUAUUAAGAAAAGGAAAUUCUUGAUUCCCAGUAAAAGAUUCUGAAUUCAAUGCCUUUUAAAUCAUUGUAAAGAUUACAUUCUCUCUGCCUUCUGUCUCUGUUUCUCUUACUUUAAAAACUUGAUUUCAAUCCUUUCUUACAUGAAUUAUCCAGCUAUUGUUGUAUAUUAGUGCUCUGUAAUUAUGGAAACUCUAUAUCCGGGAUCCCCUUGGUGUCUCCAAGUAAGCGAGAGCACAGAAUGGACUAGGGAAGAGAAUAAGAAGUUUGAGAGUGCUCUUGCUAUAUUCGACGAGAAAACCCCUGACCGAUGGAUGAAAGUGGCUGCAAUGAUCCCCGGUAAGACGGUUUGGGAUGUGAUUAAGCAGUACGAGGAAUUGGAAAAUGAUGUUUGUGACAUAGAAGCCGGCCGGGUUCCAAUUCCCGGCUACCUCACCUCUUCUUUCACAUUGGAGUUGGUUGAUAAUUGCAGCUUCGAUGCCUAUAGAAGAAAGUCUUCCACUGCUCGGGGUCCUGAUCAGGAAAGGAAGAAAGGGGUCCCGUGGACAGAAGAAGAGCACAGGCGGUUUCUGAUGGGGCUCCUGAAGUACGGUAAAGGGGAUUGGAGAAAUAUCUCCCGGAAUUAUGUGAUCUCUAAGACUCCAACUCAAGUGGCAAGUCAUGCUCAGAAGUACUUUAUAAGGCAGCUUUCCGGAGGGAAAGAUAAGAGGAGGCCAAGCAUCCAUGAUAUCACAACCGUCAAUCUCACAGAAACUGCAUCAGAAAACAAUAAGCCACACUCAUAUGAUCACUCUUCUGUGCUGACACCACAGCAAAAGCCCACCAGCACACCAAGAAUUUCGCUCGACUGGAAUCAACCUCAUGAUGAAGCUGUCAUGGUUUUCAACUCGACUCAUGGAAUUGGAAACCUUUUCGUGUCACCUCCAUAUGACUUUAAAGUGCAAGGCCACAAUCUGUUUGGCAGUGCUUAUUAUGGAGCAGCUCAUCCCAAACCGCACAACUCAGUGUUUCAAAUCCAAUGCUCAAGACAUCAACAACGUGGAUAAGGCAGCCAUUUUUUUUUUUUCUGUACUCAUUGAUUAAAAAAGUUCCAAGUCCGAUCAUGUUCAGUAUAAUUUCAAUGUUAGUGCCUUUGUCAUGGUUUUCUGUGUGAUUACAUAAAUGGGGGCUCGAGUUACAUGAUUUUGAACAAUACAGAAAGAUAAACUCUUAUACAUGGUGUCAAUCUUUGAACUGUGAAAAUCAAAUAAAAGAUCUUCAAUUUAUC